AUGUCAUCAUCUGCGAUUAAAAUAAGGAAUGCACUGUUGAAGGCAACAGAUCCCAAGUUGAGAAGUGAUAACUGGCAAUACAUUUUAGAUGUUUGCGAUUUGGUGAAGGAAGAUCCCGAAGAUAAUGGACAAGAGGUUAUGUCUCUUAUAGAGAAGAGGCUAGAACAACAGGAUGCUAACGUGAUCUUAAGAACCCUCUCUUUGACGGUAUCUUUGGCAGAAAAUUGUGGUUCCCGCUUAAGACAGGAAAUUAGUUCAAAAAAUUUUACCUCUUUGUUAUAUGCGCUCAUCGAGAGCCAUUCUGUACACAUUACUCUAAAAAAAGCGGUGACUGAUGUUGUCAAGCAACUGUCUGAUUCAUUCAAGGAUGACCCAUCAUUACGCGCCAUGGGAGAUCUAUAUGACAAAAUUAAAAGAAAGGCUCCAUAUUUGGUACAGCCUAAUGUACCAGAGAAGCAUAACAUGAGUACCCAGGCAGACAACUCAGAUGAUGAGGAAUUACAAAAAGCACUAAAAAUGUCUUUGUUUGAGUACGAAAAGCAAAAAAAGCUACAAGAACAGGAAAAAGAAAGUGCCGAAGUCCUUCCGCAGCAACAGCAGCAGCAUCAGCAGCAGAAUCAAGCUCCUGCUCACAAAAUACCGGCACAAACCGUUGUGAGAAGAGUUCGGGCUCUAUAUGACUUAACCACAAACGAACCGGAUGAAUUGUCCUUUAGGAAGGGCGAUGUUAUUACAGUGCUGGAACAAGUAUAUAGAGAUUGGUGGAAGGGAGCUCUUCGAGGAAAUAUGGGUAUAUUUCCAUUAAAUUAUGUAACACCGAUUGUUGAGCCAUCGAAAGAAGAAAUUGAGAAGGAAAAAAAUAAGGAAGCCAUAGUAUUCUCUCAAAAAACUACCAUAGAUCAACUUCAUAAUUCGCUUAAUGCAGCUUCUAAAACGGGAAAUUCAAAUGAAGUUUUGCAAGAUCCUCAUAUUGGAGAUAUGUACGGAUCUGUAACGCCUUUGAGACCUCAAGUUACGAGAAUGUUAGGUAAAUAUGCUAAAGAAAAAGAAGACAUGUUAUCCCUGCGUCAAGUCUUAGCAAAUGCAGAACGCUCAUAUAAUCAACUAAUGGAUCGUGCAGCUAACGCACAUAUCUCACCACCAGUUCCAGGCCCUGCACUCUACGCAGGAAUGACUCAUGCUAAUAAUACUCCAGUAAUGCCACCUCAGAGGCAGAGUUACCAAAGCAAUGAGUACUCACCUUACCCUUCUAAUUUGCCAAUCCAACAUCCUACGAAUAGCGCAAAUAAUACCCCACAAUACGGUUAUGAUCUUGGAUAUUCAGUUGUUAGCCAACCACCACCUGGUUAUGAACAAUAG